AUUCUCGCGCGCACGUUUGUAGAGCCAAGGCUUCCCCGCCUGCGCUCGUUGUCAGAGCCGCUCCGGCGCGUGCGCGCGUUAUCUCCGGCCGAUCCGAGCAGCCCGGUUCCCUCUGCUGUAGGCCCCCGCCCCUCGCGGCUCCCUCCCAGCCUCCAGCCAACCCGUCCCCUUCCUCUCCUCGCGGAAUGGGGCCGGCGCUGCUCGGGGUCGCGCGCCCUGGACACGGCUCGCGCUUGGUCUCGCGCUGUCAGCGACUGCCUGGCUCGCGCCGCCUCGCGCUCUCCCUCAGUCAGUGGCGCCGAAGGCUCCGUUAAGCGGCGGAGGUGGUUCCUGUUUCCGUUUCUUCCACUCCCUUCAGUCGGGAGUAGCAUCCUCCACCCAGCCACCCCUCCCACUCCCCCGACGCGGGGCAGCUGCAGCUGAGGGCUGUGGCGGCGCCGGCGGCAGCUGGGGACGGCGGAGACCGCCUCUGCUCCAGUCUCGGGUUGCUGCUUUUGAUAAGAGGGCACCCACGACCCUGAUGUGUUCUCUUUCAAGAUAAAUUGCUCUAUUGACUUUGUUGAUUAACUAAACAAAUUCAGCAUGUAGAGUCCACGAAGCACAGAACCAUAACAGAGCUUCCUACUCACACCACCAGGAGGAUCUCUUUGAAAGAUUCAUCACAGGACUACCAGAGAGAAUAAUUUGUCUGAAGCAUCAUGUAUUGAAACAACAGAAGGCACCUUUGCAUUAGUUAGAAACAGAGUUACAAUGUUUUCAAUUCUUUGAGCUCCAGGAAGCCAGGGGAGAGAGUGGAAAAUUUGAAAAUGCGGCCAUGGACUGGUUCCUGGCGUUGGAUUAUGCUCAUUCUCUUUGCCUGGGGGACCUUGCUAUUUUAUAUAGGUGGUCACUUGGUACAAGAUAAUGACCACCCUGAUCACUCUAGCCGAGAACUAUCCAAGAUUCUGGCAAAGCUUGAACGCUUAAAACAGCAGAAUGAAGACUUGAGACGAAUGGCUGAAUCUCUUCGGAUACCAGAAGGCCCCAUUGAUCAGGGGCUGGCUACGGGAAGGGUACGUGCUUUAGAAGAGCAGCUGGUAAAGGCCAAAGAACAGAUUGAAAAUUACAAGAAACAAACCGGAAAUGGUCUGGGGAAGGAUCAUGAAAUCCUGAGGAGGAGGAUUGAAAAUGGAGCUAAAGAGCUCUGGUUUUAUCUGCAGAGUGAAUUGAAGAAAUUAAAGAAUUUAGAAGGAAAUGAACUCCAAAGACAUGCAGAUGAAUUUCUGUCAGAUUUGGGACAUCAUGAAAGGUCUAUAAUGACGGAUCUAUACUACCUCAGUCAAACGGAUGGAGCAGGUGAUUGGCGGGAAAAAGAGGCCAAAGAUCUGACAGAGCUGGUCCAGAGGAGAAUAACGUAUCUUCAGAAUCCAGUGGACUGCAGCAAAGCCAAGAAGCUAGUGUGUAAUAUCAAUAAAGGCUGUGGCUAUGGCUGUCAACUCCAUCAUGUGGUCUACUGCUUCAUGAUUGCAUAUGGCACCCAGCGAACACUCAUCUUGGAAUCUCAGAAUUGGCGCUAUGCUACUGGUGGAUGGGAGACUGUGUUUAGACCUGUAAGUGAGACAUGCACAGAUAGAUCUGGCAUCUCCACUGGACACUGGUCAGGUGAAGUGAAGGACAAAAAUGUUCAGGUGGUCGAGCUUCCCAUUGUAGACAGUCUUCAUCCCCGUCCUCCAUAUUUACCCCUGGCUAUACCAGAAGACCUUGCAGAUCGACUGAUUAGAGUCCACGGUGAUCCUGCAGUAUGGUGGGUGUCCCAGUUUGUCAAAUACUUGAUCCGCCCACAACCUUGGCUGGAAAAGGAAAUAGAAGAGGCCACCAAGAAGCUUGGCUUCCAACAUCCAGUUAUUGGAGUCCAUGUCAGACGUACAGACAAAGUGGGAACAGAAGCAGCCUUCCAUCCCAUUGAGGAGUACAUGGUGCAUGUCGAAGAACAUUUUCAGCUUCUCGCACGCAGGAUGCAAGUGGACAAAAAAAGAGUAUAUUUGGCCACAGAUGACCCCUCUUUAUUAAAGGAGGCGAAAACAAAGUACCCCAAUUAUGAAUUUAUUAGUGAUAACUCUAUCUCUUGGUCAGCUGGACUGCACAAUCGAUAUACAGAAAAUUCACUUCGGGGUGUAAUCCUGGAUAUACACUUUCUCUCCCAGGCAGACUUCCUAGUGUGUACUUUUUCAUCCCAGGUCUGUCGAGUUGCUUAUGAAAUCAUGCAAACACUGCAUCCCGAUGCCUCUGCAAACUUCCAUUCUUUGGAUGACAUCUACUAUUUUGGAGGCCAGAAUGCCCACAACCAGAUUGCCAUUUAUCCUCACCAACCUCGAACUGCAGAUGAAAUCCCCAUGGAGCCUGGAGAUAUUAUUGGUGUGGCUGGAAAUCAUUGGAAUGGCUAUUCUAAAGGUGUCAACAGAAAACUGGGAAGGACGGGCCUAUAUCCCUCCUACAAAGUUCGAGAGAAGAUAGAAACAGUCAAGUACCCCACAUAUCCUGAGGCUGAGAAAUAAAGCUCAGAUGGAAGAAAUGAACAACCAAACUCAGUUCAAACCGUUUGAGCCAAACAGUAGACCGAGAAGGCCCUGACGAAACAAUGUGUGGUUAAAUGAGUGGACACCCUCAGCAUUGAUUGCAACUGAGAACAGACAGAUGCUUCAUUGGUGGAAUUCCUCUUUAACAAGGGCUGCAACGCCCAUACACAGUCCAAUAAUGUACUCACAUAUAACAUGCAAACAGAGGUUGUUUUCUACUUUGCCCCUUCUUUCAAGAUUGUCCCCAUGAAACAAACACUGCCACAAUGUAUAAUUUAAAUGACACAGACAUAUUUUGUGUGAGACUUCAAACAUGGUGCCUGUAUCUGAGAGACCUGUGUGACCCAAUGAGAAGACCCAAAUAGCUCCCUACUGUUAGGAGAGUUAACUCUUAGCCAGUGGUGGUGGUGUGACCACUGAGUUCACUCUAGUCAACAGAUUCAGAAUGAGAACAGCUAUUUUUUUCCUUUAUAAGGUUAUCUGGUUUUUGUUUUUGUUUUUUUUUUAAAUAAUUGCAUCAGUUCAUCCACCUCAUCAUUAAUAAGUGAAAAUAAAAUAUUUACACUCCAUUAGGAACUUUUGUAAAACAAUGCCAUGAACAGAUACUUUAGUACUUAAUGUUUCUGGACAUUCUCUUUGAUAACAAAAAAUAAAUUUUAAAAAGAGGAAUUUUGUAAAGUUUCUAUAAUUUUGCAUCAUUGGAUGAUGUGGUGGUCAGCUUUAUAGUGGAAGAACCAUGAUAAAAAAAAAAAGGAGCUUUAUAGUUUUUCUGCUUCUUUUUUCUUUUUUUCUGCUUCUGAUAGAGUGACUAAUCACGGCUUAGCUCAGACAGUCAUUGGCCUAUUUUAAUACUGAAAACUGAGUUUAGUUGGUGUACAUUACAAAUUCGCUAAGAAUACUUUUUGGGAGUUUUCAUUCUCUUAUUUUGGAUAUUGUUUAAUUAUUUUUAACUGAAUAAAUUAAUCAUACUCCUUGCCCGCAGAGGAACUGUUAGCACCAUUUCUAAACCUAACCAUUUCAAACUUGUUUAGUAACCUUUCUUAUUGUGGCUGUUGUCACUUUUUGUGAGUUGGGUCCUUCACUUUAUCUGCGUACCAACUUGUGCCCUUUUCUAUCAUGUCCUGCUUUUAAGAAUACCAGAAUCUUUGGGGCUAGGAAGCUGGCUCUGUUUCUGAAGUAUGUGUCUCACAUUUGUAGACUUUGGUUAACAAAAGAGAAAAGGAUCAUUGUGAGACCCAAAAUGAACUUGGGGUUAUCUCUUCCACAUAUUUCCUUGUAGUAAUACCAUGUCAGAUCACUUCAGAAGAUACACUUUGAUAUUCCCGCUGAACAUCACUUUUCUCCUCAUAGAAAAACUCCCUAUUGGUAUAUAGCCUGCCUCCUACAGAUGCCUGGCAGGAACAUUUCGUAGUACGUGUUUUACCUUCUAAAAGAAAAACUUGAUCUAUGUAGGAACCAGUAGCACACUGGUUCCAGACAGAAAAGCUUAGUUAGCCCCUGGCCUUCACAUCCUUAAAAUGAAAAUACCUGUAUGCAAAAUCUCAACAAACUUCCCUAAAUUCUUUCUACCUCUCGAUUCAAGGUUCCCAAAGAGCAAAGACUGACUGUCUAGAGUAUUAGUAAGCAAUUUUCAAUUUAGUUUUGGUACAAGUCAUUUGAAAUAAAAAUCUCCAGUGAGCCAAGAUAAUGAGUUACUUUCCAGCUUCCAUCUCACUUGUCAUCAGAACAUCCAUAACUAAGGGUCUGACUUGUGCCCUUCUAGGAGAGCCAAAGGUAAAUCAGUCUCUUUUUUCAUUCUAAAUUGAUGCAGUUCCAGAAAUAAAAGGACUGAAGAACAGAAAGAUGGUGGAAAUAAAUUAAGGAGUGGUUUCCAAAUGGUGGCAAAGAUUUAAUUUUGGAUAGUGUAUCUUUCAGUUCUUUAAUUCCUGUUUGAUUCUUUUUUAUAGUUUAUAUUUCUCUACUGAAAUUUCCUCUAUUUACUACAAGCAUGCUUUCCUUUACUUCAUUUAACAUAGUUGUAAUAACUGCUUUAAAAUCUUUUUUCUGCUAAGUCCACCAUCUGAAUCAUCUCACAGUUGGUCUUUUCUCCAGAGAUUGAUCAUAUUUUCCUGGUUCUUUAUAUGUUGAGUAAUUUUAGAUUGUAUCCUGAACAUAUGUAUUAUAUUGUGGAUUCUGUUAUAUUUCUCCAAUGUGUGAUGAUUUUUUGGUUUAUGUUAAUAUACAGUUAACUUUACUAGACUCAAACUGUAAACUCUCUUGGACAGUAGCCCAAAUCUCACUUCAGUUCUUUUCUCUUUAGCUGGAGUCUGUCCUACACAUGUAAGGUUCAGGGGUCAAGCAGAGAUCUGAGUAGAGUUUAUAUACAGAAUUUGGGGGCUCUCCUUCUGUGGCUCUUUUUUUCCAAGAUUUUCCCCCUAACUUUCCAGCAGCUACAGUUGCCUUGUACUCUGUCCUCUGGUUUCUUGACCAGAAAGACUGCAGUUUUCUAUUAACCUAAAAGCCAUAAAGACAGGAAACUCACAGCAGACCAUUUCUUUCAAGUUUCAACUUUUCUCCCGAAUUUGCCUGCUUUUUUGUUUAGUCUCCAGUGCCUUCAGGUAAGGUUUUUGUUUUGUUUGUUUUUUUUUUAAUUUUGUUAAGAGUUUAUAGUUGUUACUUGUGGAAAGAUCACUUCAGUAGACACUCCACCAUACAGGAAGUAGAACUCCUAGACAGAAACUGAAAAUGAUAAAAAGUGUGUGGAGGGGUGGCAGGGGUAAGCAGGCUUAGUUCUGUGAUGGCCCGUGUUUAGACUCUGGCAUCAAUAGCUAAGCAGCCGGUUGCCUCAGGCAGCAAGUAUGAGCUAGCCAAAUUGCUACACCUGCAGGAAUGAAUGGCUAAUUAACUGCUGACCACAUCUUUCUGAAAACUUUUCUGAUCCUCUUUCUUAGAAAUCAUCAUGUACUUGGUGGUGAUUCCGCCUAUACACACUGCCGUGCUGGGAGGGCUGACAUCUCCUCACCACUGUUAUAUUUUCUCCACAAGGACCUUGUACUUAAAAACCCUGAAUGGUUUUAAAUUGGAUGACCAGUGCUAGAUUAGAGUGAUUUUGAACUUUUCCUUGUUAGAAGACCCAUUUCUGAAGAGAUUUAUCUGGAACCAAAUUAUUAGCUUGAGCUUAUUGAAUGUGAGUAACAGAAUCCUGCAUAUUAAUGAUAAAGCUGUUAUAAAAGGGCUUACCAUGGCUUUUCUGGUCACUCAAGUCUGAUUUAGUGCUGAGCUGGGCACUUAAAGCGUUUAUGCCUGCUAUGAAAGGGCUCUCAGUCCAAGGUUUCUUUGUAUCCCAAAUAAAUAAGAGACUAGUUGCUUCCUUUUCUGGGCUUUGGUUUUUUCCUGUUACAUAGAGCUAAGCCUGUUCUCUGGGUUCCCUCUUAGGAAGGUAGAGAAGGUGAACAGUCCCAGCUUCUAAAGAGUUGAGGGUUAAAAGAGAAAAAGCACAUUUAAAACCUGUCUCAUAGAGUGACCAUUGUCAUCACUAUUCAGUUCCCAGAGAGUAAGUCAGUGUAUUCAGUGAGCAGGAAAAAGUGUUGGGGUCUAAAUAGUACAUCUACUAAGAGUCUCCUUCUCUGCCCCAUUCAGAGUCUCCUACUUGAGGGGAAAUAGACAAGUCCCCUUUAGCCAUACUUAACUGCCUGAUGUUUCAUGUGUGCUCCCUGUAGACUGUGCAAUAGCUGGGAUCGGUAGACCUAUGUAGAAUAGAUGUGUGGCUUGGGGAUUGGUGAAUCUGGUAACUUGGCUAUAACACCCAAUUUAUGCCAGAUACAGACUCUGGAGAAUUUUUUAAAUGCAGUGCCCAAAGGGGAGCACAAAGGAGAAUUUGUCUGUAUUCUUACUGGUUCCUGACAGCAGUCUCCCUCAUGGAAACAUGGAGUAGCUAUUCCAGGAUCCAUAGCAGGGCAAAGGCAGGCCUUGGCAAGUUCUUUGGUUUCAACUGUCAUUGACAUUAUGCAUGUUUGAGCACUAGCCCUUCCCUUGUACAUUUGCUUCUGGUUCUUUAUAUAAAUCAGAAUCUCUGACCUGCUCAGCUGUUCAGCCUUCCACUUCCAGUCCAGUUCAGUGGCCACAGUAGACCUGCUUUACUCUUUUCCUUAUCCUUAAAUAAGACAAUUUUGUAUUCCUACCACCUUCAGACAGUGAUCUCAUGUGAAUGGUUCUCUUGACCCUACCAGUCAUGCAGUUCCUAUCCUAAUAACUAUAGUUUGGUCAUUGGCAUUUCCAAUAUAUAAAGGGAAGUAAACAUCCCCUAGGAGAGUUUUAGGUAAGAUAUUUCUGGACCUGGGGCAUAAUGAUACCGUGUAUUCAUGUCAACUUAAAAGAUUCCAAAGAUUUUUCACAAAUCAGCAUCACUACAGUUGAGGGUAGCAUGGCUAGGCCACACUUUGCGUAAAACUAUGUCAAUCUGGACAGAACCUGUACUUUUUUAAAAACAAUGUAUUGAAGGCCAUGGCCACUUGAUGUUUUGGGAAGUGAGCCAGGAAGAGAGUUCAGAGAUCUUACUGACCUCCUACUGUCUGUAACAGUUCUGUAUAACCUCCUCCCCUACCAGUGUCCCAUGAAGGCUAUUGUUGCCUAACUAACUGCUUGUGUGGGUAAAGAAAAGGCCCUUAACAAAAGAAAAAAGUGCGUUUGUUCCCAGCUGGGUAUGAGAACAUCUGUGGAGGCUGGGAAUGUGCAGUACUCUGUAUAGACUGCACAGAUAUUUUAGACUGUGGGUGUGACCAGUAGCCUGAGGAAUGCUGGGACUUUGAUUCCAGGCCAGUCUUAUCUCUAGUGAAUUGAAGCACCUAAGAAUUUCUGGCCCAGCAAAAGAAAUGGGGGGUAAUGGGUACAGAAGCAGAAAACCUAGCUCUCAACUUUGUUUCCCCUUGUCAUAGUGCCUCUAAGCAGAUAAUGUCCCUGGAUCUCAGAUUCUCUGGUAUCAACAGUAUUUCUCACCAAAGAUCACUGAACUGGGAUUCAGAAUACCUGGCUUCUGAUUUUGACUCUGGCAUUAAAUGUGGACAGAUCAAAUAGUUUGGGAGGGCUUCAUUUUCUUCAUCUGUGGAAUGAAUUGGUUGGAUUUAUCCAAGAUUAGCAAAUUUGAUUGUCUAGUUGGGCUCCAUAUGUCUAAAGAGGGCAGCCACCACUCAGCUUCAGCUGAUUAUUGUCAUAAGGACACAAUGUCUUCCUGUUUUUCAAGAUAAGCAAAAUAACUUUUUUAUGCAAAAUCUUCAGAUUUUUAAAUAUUGGCAGCUAAUUCAAAAAAUAUAUAAAUCACUAAUGGGGGCAAAUAAAAUACUUGUGGCUACUUUUGGUCCAUUGUUCAUGAGUUUACAGCCUCUGGUCUAGACCGAGAAGGUUCUUUUCUAAUUCAAGAUUCCAUCUCUGGAAGGGAUUGGUAAGGUGGGUAAUAGCUGAACAAUGCUUUCAGUGUCAGCUGAUGUGCAUGCUUCAAUUCUUUGAAAAUGUCUGCCUGGCUAGUUCUCAUCCUGGGAUUAUAAGUAACUUAGUAUGCAAAACAACAGGGUGCUUUGGCAGCUUAGACCUUGGACCCUCUCAGACUCUUCCUCGAGGACCCAAAGCUGGGAUGUAGUGCCCCAUUUCAACUGCCCUUAGCACCAAUCUUGAUUUCCUAUGCUCAAGUUCGCUCAGAGGCCAUGACUCAACAUGCCACGAACGAGGUUCCAGCUUAGGGAGUUUCUGCUGUUUUUCUCCAUUACACCCAAAUACCAAGAGAUCAGAGUAUGCUUCCAGCCUCUGGUUCCCAAGGUAGCAAAAGAUACUGGGAUUCCUGGUAGAUUUUAAGAAAGUGUGGUGAACUAGAGAGGUGCCGAGUGACUGAAGAUGAGAAAUUUUUCUGUUUUCAAAAAAGGGAAGAACAUGAAUUACUGAAUAUAGAUUGAUAAAUUUGUCUUCAGUUAUGAUUAAAGUUUUUAGACUACAUUAUUAAAAAAAUAACAGUGAUAACUGCGUAAGAACCAGACAUACCAGACUAAUUUCGUAUUUUGAUAUGGCUGUUAGAAUAAUGAGAAUUACAAUAUUAGCUUACAUUUAUUGAAUACUUUCUAUGUACCUGGGGUGGUUCUAUGCACUUUAUCUGGGUUAAUUUACUUAAUCCUCACUAUAAUCAUAAGGUAGAUACUAUCAUUACCCCCAUUUUAUUGACUAAGAAACUGAAACACAGUCUUAAGUAAUUUGUCCAGGUCAUAAAGCUAGAACAUGGUAGAGCCAGGAUUCAAAUGCAGACUUUUAACCACUUCAAGGAACAGGAUGUCAGCAUGGCAUUAACUAUGUUACUGUGGAUGAGACAGAGCAACCGAGGCUACAUGGCCAUAGGUAGUUGUAUUAAAAAUUAGUUGUAUUACUUUAUUCAGAAGAUUUGAUUUUAACUCAAGUCUCUGCUGUUUUGUCAUAGGGCUUUGUCCUGACUUGGUCUUAUAUUUUAUUAAUGUUUUGAAAAAAGGAAAUUGUUAGGAGCAAUAUAAUGUAGUGGUUAAAAGAAUGGGCUUUAUUGUCAACCUGCUUGAGUUCAAAUCUCAGGUCCUCUACCUACUGGCAUUGUAACCUUGAGCAAGUAACUAAACCUCUCUGGACUUUAGUUUACCUGUUAAUAAAAUGAAAAUAAUACUAGUAACUGCUUCAUAAGGUUUUCAUGAGGGUUAAAUGAGUUAAUAUCUGUAAAUCUCUUAACCCAGUGCCUGGUACAAAGCUCAACAAAUGUGAGCUAUUAUUAUCAUUGCAUUGUUAUCAGAUUUUCUAACAACUGAAAGCUGAUACGAUAGUAAAUUGUAUUGUUUGAGAAAAUCAGGAUCUCUAAAAGUUGCUUAAAAAUUGGAACGGAAGGAUAAAUCUAGUACCUAAUCAGUGCUGAGAAUUGCUGCAUUAGCUAAUGAAUGCUAGAGCACUUCACAUACUGUAGAACUUACAAAUGUAAUUUACUCUUAGAUCCAAAUAGCCAGUUAUGCCUCAGUUCAGCAUGUGGUAGAUACAACUAGAGGAUUCAGCUGCCCAUAAACUUAAUAUAAGACAAUAUUGUGCGGUGACACCCUCC